AUGUAUCAAUUUCAGGUCACCGAACACGUCAUCGAUGCCCAGUAUAUUCGUGACAGUCCUCGUGCAACAGCUACUCCCGAUGCAAAGUUGAAACUCUGCGUGAAACAGUAUACUCCUAUUGAUAACCCAAAUCCUCAACCUGGUGAUGUGACCCUGAUCGCUGCUGCUGGUACUGCAUUGCCUAAGGAAGUAUAUGAACCUCUAUGGGAAGAUCUGUUGGCUCGAUCAAAGAAAGAUGGGUUUCGCAUUCGAGGAAUUUGGAUGGCGGAUGCCGUGAAUCAAGGUGCCAGUGGUGUUUUGAAUGAAGAAAUCCUUGGAAAUGACAGCACCUGGUCCGAUCAUGCCCGCGAUCUACUACAAGUGAUCUCUCAUUUCCGCACUAAGAUGCCUCAACCGAUAAUCGGAGUCGGACACAGCGCAGGUGCAGGUCAACUUGUCUUCGCCUCAAUCUUCCAUCCCCGUUUAUUCACCUCACUCAUAUUCCUUGAACCAUUCGUGAACGAUGAUCAACGAAUCGGCGGCGGCGGCAUGUUAAUUAUAAUGACCACUGAGAAACGCGACACCUGGCGCUCACGACAAGAAGCGAAAGAGAAAUCCCAAAAAGCACUUCGAGCAUGGGAUCCCCGAGCCUUUGAGCGUUGGGUUCAGCACGGAUACAGGGAAUUACCUACAACGGUCUAUCCCGAUACACCAGCGGAACCAGGAGCGGUGACCUUGACCACAACGAAGCACCAAGAGACAAUGACAUAUACAUAUGUGGACCACAAGCCUGCGACGGUAGUCAAAUUUGCAGGUGAUGAUGGAAGCAGUGAUGAGGCACAAGAAUCUUUUAUUCCGGGCCGACAGGUUUAUCGGAGGGAACCAAUUUUAGGAUAUAAGUUGCUGCCGCAUCUUGCACCGGGUACAUUAUUUGUCAGUGGUGAGCGGAGCCCGAUUUAUCAAUCUGAGGUGCAUGAGAAGGCGGUUGAGAUUACUGGCACAGGGUUUGGAGGCUCUGGUGGUGUUGAGAAGGAUCGUAUUCGUCAUGUUAUUAUUGAAAAGGGGAGUCAUACUCUCCCCAUGGAGAAGGUUGGCGCAACAGCCGAGGCUAUGGGACCUUGGAUUCAGAAGGAGGUGCAGCUGUGGAAAGAGGAUGGUGAUAAGGUGAAGAAGGAAUGGGGGAGUCUGUCCGCGAAGCAGAAAUCGAGCUUUUCGCCGGAAUGGUAUGAUACUAUUGAAAUCGCUAAGGCGAAUCUAUAG